GCUGGGAAGAGCUGCUGCCGCAGGAUGUUGGCCUUCCGGCUGCAUCCCUUUCUGGCAGCUGAGGGGAUAGGAUGAGUGGAUUGGACUGGAUCACUUGCCCCACCCCUGAGGUGGAAGAGAUGGUACUCUCCAAGAACCCCAUGAAUUGGGGAGAGAGGAGUCCUCAAAAAUUGAAGACUUAAAGAAGGGUGACCAUGUGUGGCUGAGCCCCCUCUCUGCCAACAAGACCAGUGUGGCCAUAGGGUGCAUUGUGAAGGAAACAAAGCCUGGCAAGAUCUUGGUUGAAGAUGAUGAGGGCAAGGAACACUGGAUCCGAGCAGAGGACCUUGACACCCUCAGCCCCAUGCACCCCAACUCAGUACAAGGCGUGGACGACAUGAUCCGCCUGGGGGAGUUGAACGAGGCAGGCAUGGUGCACAACCUCCUGAUCCGCUAUCAGAAGCACAAGAUCUAUACCUACACAGGCUCCAUCCUGGUGGCCGUGAACCCAUUCCAGGUGCUGCCCCUCUACACCCCGGAGCAGGUGCUGCUGUAUUACAAGCACCACAUGGGCGAACUCCCCCCACACGUCUUUGCCAUAGCCAACAACUGCUACUUCAACAUGAAGAGGAACAAAAGGGACCAAUGCUGCAUUAUCAGUGGGGAGUCUGGGGCAGGGAAGACGGAGACCACCAAGCUCAUCCUGCAGUUCCUGGCCACUGUCAGCGGCCAGCAUUCGUGGAUUGAGCAGCAGGUCCUGGAGGCCAAUCCCAUCCUGGAAGCCUUUGGAAAUGCCAAGACAAUCCGAAAUGAUAACUCAAGCCGCUUUGGGAAGUAUAUCGACAUCCACUUCAACCCCAGUGGGGUGAUCGAGGGUGCACGCAUCGAGCAAUUUCUGCUGGAGAAGUCCCGGGUCUGCCGGCAGGCCCCGGAGGAGCGGAACUACCACAUCUUCUACUCCAUGCUCAUGGGGAUGAGCGAAGAGGAGAAGCAGCUGCUGAGCCUGGGGACGCCCUCCGAGUACCACUACCUGACCAUGGGAAACUGCACCUCCUGUGAGGGCCUCAAUGAUGCCAAGGACUAUGCCCACGUCCGCUCCGCCAUGAAGAUCCUCAUGUUCUCCGAUUCGGAGAAUUGGGACCUCAGCAAGCUGCUGGCAGCCAUCCUCCACCUGGGCAACGUGGAGUUUAUGGCUGCUGUCUUCGAGAACCUGGAUUCCUCUGACGUGAUGGACACGCCGGCCUUUCCCACUGUGCUAAAGUUACUGGAGGUGGAGUACCAGGCACUCCGGGACUGUCUGGUCAAGCAUUCCAUCAUCAUCCGAGGGGAGUUUGUCACCAGGCCCCUGAACAUCACCCAGGCCGCAGACCGGAGGGACGCCUUUGUCAAGGGCAUCUAUGGGCACCUCUUCCUGUGGAUUGUCAAGAAGAUCAACACUGCAAUUUUCACUCCACCUGCCCAGGACCCCAAAAAUGUGCGAAGAGCCAUCGGCCUCCUGGACAUAUUUGGCUUUGAAAAUUUCCAGAACAAUAGCUUCGAGCAGCUCUGCAUCAAUUUUGCCAACGAGCACCUGCAGCAGUUCUUCGUGAAGCACGUGUUCACCAUGGAGCAGGAGGAGUACCUCUCGGAGAACAUUGCCUGGGACUACAUCCACUACAAUGACAAUCGGCCCACCCUGGACCUGCUGGCCCUCAAGCCCAUGAGCAUCAUCUCCCUCCUGGACGAAGAGAGCCACUUCCCACAGGGGACAGAUACCACCAUGUUGCAAAAACUGAACAAUGUCCAUGCCAACAACAAGGCCUACUUGCAGCCCAGGAACAUCCAUGAUGCCAGAUUUGGCAUCGCCCACUUUGCGGGCGAGGUGUACUACCAAACAGAAGGCUUCCUGGAGAAGAAUCGAGAUGUGCUGAGCACAGAUAUCCUCACCCUGGUCUACUCCUCCAAAAACAAGUUCCUGAGGGAGAUAUUCAAGCUGGAGUCAGCAGGGACCAAGCUGGGCCAUGGUACCAUCAUCCGGGCAAAGGCAGGGAGCCAGCUCUUCAAGUCCGCAGACUCCAGCAAGCAGCCUUCCACAUUGGCAGGCCAGUUCAAGAAGUCCCUGGACCAGCUGAUGAAAAUCCUGACCAGCUGCCAGCCCUACUUCAUCCGCUGCAUCAAACCCAAUGAGUACAAAAAGCCACUGCUCUUCGACCGCGAGCUGUGCCUCCGGCAGCUGCGCUACUCCGGCAUGAUGGAGACCGUGCACAUCCGCAAGUCGGGCUUCCCCAUCCGGUACUCGUUCGAGGAGUUCUCACGGAGGUUCGGCGUGGUGCUGCCCAACGCUGUGCGCCUGCAGCUUCGAGACAAGGCUCGCCAGAUGACUCUGCGCAUUGCCGAAAUGUGGCUGGGGACAGACAAAGAAUGGAAAGUGGGAAAGACCAAAAUUUUCCUGAAGGAUAACCAGGACACUCUGCUGGAGAUACAGAGGAGCCAGGCCCUGGACAAGGCAGCAGUCAACAUCCAGAGAGUCCUGCGAGGCUACAAAUGGAGGAAGGCGUUCCUGAGGCAGAGGCGGGCAGCUGUGACCCUCCAGGCUGGGUGGAGAGGCUACUACAGCAGGCGGAACUUCAAGCAGAUCCUCCUGGGUUUUGAGCGCCUGCAGGCCAUUGCCCGGAGCCAGCUGCUGGCAAAGCAGUACCAGACCAUGCGGCAGAGGAUGGUCCAGCUGCAGGCACUAUGCAGGGGCUACCUUGUGCGCCAGCAAGUCCAGGCCAAGAGGAGGGCAGUGGUGGUCAUACAGGCGCAUGCCAGGGGCAUGGCUGCCCGGCGGAACUUCCGGCAGCAGAAAGCCAAUGGGCCUCUGGUCAUCCCAGCUGAAGAGCAGAAGAGCCAAAGUGCUCUCCCCACCAGGAAGCGGCAGUCCAUCUACGACACCGUCACAGACACGGAGAUGGUGGAGCAAGUGUUCGGUUUCCUCCCUUCCAUGAUCGGUGGGCAGGAGGGCCAGGCCCCACAGCACUUUGAGGACCUGGAAGCAGGGACCCAGAAGCUGCCCGAGGUUGACCUGGACACCGUUCCCAUGGUAGAGGAGUCUGAGGACGACACAGACGGCCUGGCCGAAUACACCUUCCCCAAGUUUGCUGCAACCUACUUCCAGAAAUCAGCCAGCCACACGCACACCCGGCAGCCCCUGCGAUACCCGCUGCUCUACCAUGAGGAUGAUGCCGACUGCUCGGCCGCCCUGGCCGUGUGGAGCAUCAUCCUGAGGUUCAUGGGUGACCUUCCAGAGCCAGUGCUUUUUGCCAGGAAUGGCCGGCAUGGCGGCUCAGUGAUGCGGCAGAUCCAUGACACCCUGGGCAGAAAGAACAGCACCCAGUCUCCACAGCACUGUGGGUCUACACAGAGGCCCAGCCGCAGGGACAGAGGGAGCAAGGACAUCUCCUCCAUGAAGCUAAAACGGUCCUCUAGGAUCACAGGCCAGGUAACCAGCCAGCUGAAUAUUGGAGAGGAAGCAUUUGAGCCUGAUGGCCCCAUCUCAGACCGACCCAUGUCCAACCUGGAGAAGGUGCACUUCAUUGUGGGCUAUGCUAUCCUGCGGCCUAACCUCAGGGACGAGAUUUACUGCCAGAUCUGCAAGCAGCUGUCAGAGAACUUCAAAGCAAGCAGCUUGGCCCGGGGCUGGAUCCUGCUCAGCCUUUGCCUGGGCUGCUUCCCACCCUCCGAGAGGUUCAUGAAGUAUCUGCUGAACUUCAUUGGUCAAGGGCCAGCUACCUACGGGCCCUUCUGUGCAGAGCGGCUGAGACGCACCUAUGCCAACAGGGCGCGCACGGAGCCCCCCACCUGGCUGGAGCUGCAGGCAGUCAAGUCCAAGAAGCACAUCCCGAUCCGUGUCGUGUUGGUGACUGGAGAGAGCCUGACUGUCAUGGUCGACUCUGCCUCAACAUCUCGGGAAGUCUGCCUGCACAUUGCCCAAAAGCAGGGCCUCAGCGACCACCUGGGCUUUUCUCUGCAGGUGGCUGUGUAUGACAAGUUCUGGUCCCUGGGCAGCGGGUGCGACCACGUGAUGGAUGCGGUCGCCCAGUGUGAGCAGCUGGCCCGCGAGAGGGGCGAGAACGAGCACCAGGCACCCUGGCGCAUCUACUUCCGGAAGGAGUUCUUCACCCCCUGGCAUGACUCCCAGGAGGACUCCAUCAGUACCCAGCUCAUUUACCGCCAAGUGCUACACGGGGUCUGGUCUGGCGAGUACAGCUUUGAGAAGGAGGAAGAGCUGGUGCAGCUGCUGGCCCAGCACUGCUACGUGCGGCUCGGCGCCUCAGCGGGGAGCAAGGCCGUCCAGGAGCUGCUGCCCAGCUGCAUCCCCUCCAAGCUGUACAGGACCAAGCCGCCAGAGAGGUGGGCUAGCCUCGUCACUGCCGCCCACGCCAAGGCACAGUACACCCAGAAGCAGGCAAAGCCACUGGCCGUGCAGGAGCAGGUGGUGGACGCCGCCCGCCUGCAGUGGCCACUGCUCUUCUCCCGGCUCUUUGAGGUCACCACACUCUCCGGCCCCCGGCUGCCCAAAACUCAGCUGAUCUUGGCAGUUAACUGGAAGGGGAUAUACUUCCUGGACCAGAAGGAGAAGAUGCUCCUAGAACUCUCUUUCCCAGAGGUCAUGAAUCUGAUCACCAACAGGGAGGCCCAGGGUGGGCAGAGGCUGGUACUCUCCACGCUGCAUGAAGAGGAGUACGAGUUCAUGUCCCCCAGCAGUGUGGCCAUCGCCGAGCUGGUAGCCAUGUUUCUGGAGGGCUUGAAGGAGAGGUCCGUGUUCGCCAUGGCCCUGCAGGACAGGAAGGCCACAGAUGACACCACCCUCGUGCCCUUCAAGAAGGGGGACCUGCUGAUCCUGACAAAGAAGCAGGGGCUGUUGGCCUCUGAGAACUGGACCCUGGGCCAGAAUGACAGGACGGGCAAGACAGGACUGGUGCCCAUGGCCUGCCUCUAUGCCAUCCCAACAGUCACCAAGCCCUCGGCCCAGCUGCUGAGCUUGCUGGCCAUGUCACCGGAGAAGCGAAAGCUGGCAGUCCAGGACGGGCAGCCCCCAGAGCCACUGCCCGAGGAGCAGCCCAAGGACAAGCCACACACCCUGGAGGAAUUCUCCUACGAGUUUUUUAGGUGCCCACUCAGGCCCCCACCAGGCCCUGCAGCCCCUCUGUACUCCCUGAGGGUUACAGGCAGGGCCCCAGAGAAGGAGACAGUCAGCAGGGCCAUGUUCCCCCUGGCCCGGAUGCGGGGCCACCUGUGGGCCCACUCAUCCGAGCCCCUGCGGCAGCCUCUGCUCAGGCGUGUCCACGCCAACACCGAGCUCCGGGACCUCGCCUGUCAGAUCUUCAUCGCCAUCCUCAGGUACAUGGGUGACUACCCUUCGCGACAGGCCUGGACCUCCGUGGAGCUCACCGACCAGAUCUUCUCGUCAGCCCUCCAGGACUCAGCCCUGCAGGAUGAGGUCUACUGCCAGAUCCUGAAGCAGCUGACACACAACACCACGAGGUACAGCGAGGAGCGCGGCUGGCAGUUGCUGUGGCUCUGUACCGGCCUCUUCCCACCCGGCAAGGCACUGCUGCCCCACGCUCAGAAGUUCGUAGACACGCGGAGGAAGAAGCUGCUGGCCCCCGACUGCAGCCGCCGCAUCCACAGGAUCCUGAGGACAGGACCCCGGAAGCAGCCCCCACACCCGGUGGAGGUGGAGGCCAUGGAGCAGAACAUCUCCCGCAUCUGCCACAAGAUCUACUUCCCCAACGACACUAGCGAGAUGCUGGAGGUGGGCACCUACAGCCGGGUGCGGGACGUAUGCCAGAGUGUCAUCACCAGGCUGCAGCUGGCCUCCUGGGGAGGCUGCAGCCUCUUCAUCAAGAUCGCUGACAAGGUCAUCAGCCAGAAGGAGGGAGACUUCUUCUUUGACUCCUUGCGGCAAGUGUCUGAUUGGGUGAAGAAAAACAAACCCCAGAAAGAAGGGGCCCCCGUGACGCUCCCCUACCGGGUGUACUUCAUGCGGAAACUGUGGCUCAAUGUGACCCCGGGGAAGGACAUAAACGCAGACACCAUACUUCAUUACCACCAGGAGCUGCCCAAGUACCUUCGUGGGUUCCACAAGUGUGCACGGGAGGAUGCUGUCCACCUGGCAGGCCUCAUCUACAAGGCCCAGUUUGACAAUGACCGGUCCCAGCUAGCUAGUAUCCCCAAGAUCCUGCGGGAACUUGUGCCUGAGAACCUCACACGUCUAAUGUCCUCGGAGGAAUGGAAAAAGAACAUCCUUCUGGCCUAUGACAAGCACAAGGACAAGACAGUACAGGAGGCCAAAGUGGCCUUCCUCAAAUGGAUCUGCCGGUGGCCCACGUUUGGGUCUGCCUUCUUCGAGGUGAAGCAAACCUCAGAGCCCUCCUACCCGGACAUCAUCCUCAUCGCCAUCAACCGGCACGGGGUUCUGCUUAUCCACCCCAAGACAAAGGAACUGCUCGCCACCUACCCCUUCACCAAGAUCUCCAGCUGGAGCAGUGGCAGCACCUACUUCCACAUGGCGCUGGGGAGCCUGGCCCGGGGCAGCCGCUUGCUGUGUGAGACCUCUCUGGUGAGCCCCAGACCUGGGGGCCUCCUGGGCAUCCCAGGUCCCUUCCCCCACCAGACACACAGCACACAGAGGCACCAGGGACUACGUUUCCCUAACCCUGACCCCAGACUGCCACCAGGGAAGUGGCUUACGAUGAGGGCCAGGCUUCCUGUGCCCAGGGUGGGCUAGGCCAGGCUGGGCCAGCAGAGUCUGGGAAGGGGGAGCAGCAAGAGAAAGGCUGGGAGUGUCAUCCAGGGACUGUGGUGGCAAGGCCUGGUGUGGGCCUCCUGUGGCCUUGGGCCACUCUGAGGAGGGAGGAGGACUCUGUUCUCAGUAGCAGGAGCCCUGCUCACCUCUUCACCUCCUGUCCAGUGUGUCCUUGAGGCAGAAGCAGGGCACCGCGGCUGCCCCUCACAGCCUCCAACCCCACCCUUCCCCUGUCCAGGGCUACAAGAUGGAUGACCUGCUGACCUCGUACGUGCAGCAGCUCCUGAACACCAUGAACAAGCAGCGGGGCUCCCAGGCCCCAGCCCAGGCUGAUCCUUAGCACCGGGAGCUUGCCUGCCCACUCACUUACCCUUCCCAAUUGGGGGUCCUGGUGGCACUUCCCUAAGGCCCUCUUCUUGGCCCAGAGCCUGCCCUCUGCAGGCAGCCUUUCAUGCUGCCCUCUCUCCAGAACACACCCACGUCCCUCAGCCCACCAGGUAGGCCUCCUCUCCUGAGGGGCUGACCAUGGAGGCCAAAUUGGGGAGCCCAGGGCGGGGCCGGGAGUGCCAGGCCUCCAGGUUGAUGAGUGGAUGGCUGAAAGGACUCCCCCAAGAAUGUUCAAUAAAAAUUCCUGAAGCAGUGUGCAAUGUGUUAGAGAAGGCGGGUCAGGUGGGCAGGAGGCCUAGGAGGCACUGGCCAGCAAAAGGUCUCUUCCAGAAAAAGCAAAAAGCAUUGUGACUUCUCUGGGGAUGCCUGGAUGACAACUCCAUUCUCAGUGAAUGACUUCAUUGGUCUCUCCCUCCUCCCUUCAUCUGCUUUCCCCUCCCUCCCGCCUCUUCCUAUGAGGCCUCUUUGCAUACCUCUCUCCUUCCCCCACAGGGCACUGGGACACAUAACUGCUCCCAGGAGGGCCCGGUGCAGGUGCAGGCCAGGCCUGCCUGCUCUCUGGCUGCUGGCUUCACGCGAAGGCCAGCCUGUGCCCAGGUGCGAGCAGAGCUGGAUGCACGGCCUUAGUGGCCUGGGUUCAUCCCCACCAAGCUGGCGGGCUCCAUCCUACCCACCUGGCCAGCCUUCAUGGACUGAAGGUUUCUGGCUGGACUGGUCUCCAAGGCGCGAUGGCAGCCUGGCCCUGCCAA